AUGUGCAAGGCCGGUUUCGCCGGUGAUGAUGCGCCCCGUGCCGUUUUCCCGUCCAUUGUCGGUCGGCCCCGUCACCAUGGUAUCAUGAUCGGUAUGGGCCAGAAGGACUCGUACGUUGGUGAUGAGGCACAGUCGAAGCGUGGUAUCCUGACCCUGCGGUACCCCAUCGAGCACGGCGUCGUCACCAACUGGGACGACAUGGAGAAGAUCUGGCACCACACCUUUUACAACGAGCUGCGUGUUGCCCCUGAGGAGCACCCCAUCCUGCUCACCGAGGCCCCCAUCAACCCCAAGUCCAACCGUGAGAAGAUGACCCAGAUCGUCUUCGAGACCUUCAACGCCCCCGCCUUCUACGUCAACAUCCAGGCCGUGCUGUCCCUGUACGCCUCCGGUCGUACCACCGGUAUCGUUCUGGACUCUGGUGACGGUGUCACCCACGUUGUCCCCAUCUACGAGGGUUUCGCGCUGCCCCACGCCAUUGCCCGUGUCGACAUGGCUGGCCGUGACUUGACCGACUACCUGAUGAAGAUUCUGGCCGAGCGCGGCUACUCCUUCUCCACCACGGCCGAGCGUGAAAUCGUCCGUGACAUCAAGGAGAAGCUCUGCUACGUCGCCCUUGACUUUGAGCAGGAGAUCCAGACCGCCGCCCAGAGCUCCUCGCUGGAGAAGUCGUACGAGCUGCCCGACGGCCAGGUCAUUACCAUUGGCAACGAGCGCUUCCGCGCCCCCGAGGCUCUGUUCCAGCCCUCUGUCCUGGGUCUGGAGAACGGCGGUAUCCACGUGACCACCUUCAACUCCAUCAUGAAGUGCGAUGUCGACGUCCGCAAGGACCUGUACGGCAACAUUGUCAUGUCUGGUGGUACCACCAUGUACCCGGGUCUGUCCGACCGUAUGCAGAAGGAGAUCACUGCCCUGGCCCCCUCGUCGAUGAAGGUCAAGAUCAUUGCUCCCCCCGAGCGCAAGUACUCCGUCUGGAUCGGUGGUUCCAUUCUGGCGUCGCUGUCCACCUUCCAGCAGAUGUGGAUCUCGAAGCAGGAGUACGACGAGAGCGGUCCCUCGAUCGUUCACCGCAAGUGCUUCUAA